AUGAACAGAGUCAACCAUAAUCGUUUCGAGGCGAAUCAGAAAACCCGAAAGUUUGCUGCUCAUGACGACGUGGAAUUACACGCGUACUCUGUCCCGUACAACUUUGUGCUGUACUCCUCAAACUCGCAAUCCGAUGACCUCUGGCUGAAGCUACUAGGCACUGGCCGUGACACACAGACAAGUGUCGAUGGUGAUUUCCUGUGGGAAAAAGGUGAUUUCAGGUGCACUGCAACUACAGAGUUCAACUACGGAUUGACAAGUAGCGGGAUCAACUUUACGCACAAAUUCAUGGAAUUCGUACCGCCCAUGACCCCAGAAACAAUGAAACAUCUGUACGAUGAUUCUGAGUCUACCAGCUCGCACUGA